AUGGCGGGGGAGAUCCUAGCAUUAGUGAAGGAGACAACCACCUCUAUCUUGUCAGACAACUCAACAAACCAGGUGGCAUGGCAAACCGAAUUCCUCGGCCUCGUCCCCCUCGCUUUAAACGCCAUGACCCAGCCUUCCAGCCUCGACAUCAACCGCCCUGAAUCCAGCCUGCUCUUCAUGGCUCGCAGCUCGCCAUUUAUAUGCGUCGCAGAUACCCUGGAAGUUCUCAUUGCGCUCUGCCUCUACACUUAUCAGGAAGGGAGCAUAUCCGAGGCUGCACGACUUGUGAACCGGAGAAUAGCGAGGUCGAGACUUGGGAGCGGAGAGUCUGAAUUAGAAGCAAGCGCUGUCGAGAAGCACCCGUGGACUUUUACUAUCUUGUUUCUUGCGGCGCUGGUACCAGCGAUUAAAUUCCUCGGAUUGCAAGGCUUAUUCUGGACAAGAGUCUGGGCGGGUAUUUAUCUAUGUCCGUACAUCGUGCUCGCUAUUGUUCGCGCCCUGGCUUCUAAGGGUUGGCGCGACCGGCCCCCGGUUGCCUCUCUAGCAAAAGUGCCCUCGUUUCACGAGAAGUUGCUAGGAAUUGUUAGAACUGUGCUAUUGGUGGUGGCUGGCGCAGUGCAUGCUUCUGUUAGCUACUGGGCUCUUAUUUGCGUGCAACAGAUCGACGAUGGCGAUUACAAGGCCCUUCUUGUUUUUCCAUUUUUGAAUUUCAUACUAGCACUUUUAUAUUACCUGGUUGUAUAUGAUCCUACUGGGACAGCGAAGCCUUCGUGGACUGAGGAACUUGGGUAG